CGCCCUACAGUGCUGACAUCAUCUCGCCGCGCCGCGAUCGCUCAUUAACAGGCGCUGUGAACAGCGAUUCAUCACUUGUUUUCUUACAAUAUUGGAUUAAAAUGGCUGUAGAAUCAAGGGUCACACAAGAGGAAAUCAAAAAAGAGCCAGAAAAGCCAGUGGACAGAGAGAAGACAUGCCCUCUUCUUCUCAGAGUGUUCACCACCAACAAUGGAAGGCAUCAUCGCAUGGACGAGUUUGCCCGGGGGAAUGUACCAUCUAGCGAGCUUCAGAUUUACACCUGGAUGGAUGCUACUUUGAAGGAACUGACAAGCUUGGUGAAGGAAGUUUAUCCGGAAGCGCGGAAGAAGGGCACACAUUUUGGGUUUGCAAUAGUAUACCCAGACCCUAAACGACAAAUCUACAGGGUUAAAGAGAUUGGCAAUACAGUAUCGGGACGCAAAGGUGCAGAUGAUUCCAUGACGCUUCAGUCUCAACGCUUUCAGAUCGGAGAUUACCUUGACAUCGCAAUCACUCCGCCUAACCGUGCACCACCUCUCCAAGGACGCAUGAGACCCUACUAAAACAAGACUUGCCUGCAUUUAAACAAAGGGUGAAUGUCUGUCUGGAAAUCUGCCUUCCUGUAGAGUUUAGUUCAAACCCUGCCUGUGCUUCUCAGGCAAACCUCAAUUAGGUUUGAUUAGCUGGUUCAGUGUUUAAGCCAGAACUAAACUCUGCAGGAAGGUUGAUCUCCAGCACCAGGAUAGGGCAUAUCUUGAGGAUUGGAAGUUAUAUAGAUAAUCUUUUUCAUAUAUUUUAUGUUCUUCAUGGGGUUUUAUACCAGGUCUACCUUUUUAGUUUUAGUCCUGUUACCAUGAUUCCCAUAAAAUGUUGAAUAAAUGUUUUUUUUUUCAGUA